GUCAGUGAAGGGUUAAACUGGGAGUCUGCAGCACUCUCUCCCUUUCCGUGUCCUCGGCAUUUAGCGGAAAACAUCUGACUCCCUGCUCGUUUUUUCCCCGAGAACUGUGUGUUUGGUUUUUACUCACUUUGUGCCCGAGCCGCGGAGGCAUCACGGGGAACAAAAAUCAGUGUUUCGCCAGGCUGCAGGAUUUCAAACAUCUCACUGCGGGGCUUUCAAACAGACAAAUAAGAAGAAAAGCAUGUGUGGGUGUUGAGAGUCAUCUGUUCGGUUGACCUUGCUGCCAACCCCCCCCCCACCCUGAACACGGAGCUGCCGUCUGUUUUGGCCGUCUGACCGUCUGCUCAUCCUGUGAGGCUCAUUCCCACACCCCAUCAUGUCUGCAGAGGUGGAGAUCAGCAGCGCCGUCCCUACCGAUCCGAGCGUCGCAUCCCCGACCGCAGCCUCGACGCCAAACACCCCUCCUGCUUCCCCCGCGACAGCCGCAUCCAAAGUCCCGUUCAAGAAAGAGAAGAAGAAAGUGGCGGAGAAGACAGACGAGUACCUGCUGGGCAGGUUUCAAGGCGAUGGCGUGAGGUACAAAGCCAAGCUGAUCGGCAUUGAUGACGUCCAAGAGGCCCGAGGAGACAAGAUGUCCCAGGACUCCAUGAUGAAACUGAAGGGAAUGGCCGUAGCUGCUCGGUCUCAGGGCAAACACAAACAGAGGAUCUGGGUCAACAUUUCCAUGUCGGGCAUCAAGAUCAUCGAUGAGAGAUCAGGAGUGAUCGAGCAUGAGCACGUGGUGAAUAAGAUCUCCUUCAUCGCCAGAGAUGUGACAGAUAACAGGGCGUUUGGGUAUGUGUGCGGCGCCGAGGGGCAGCAUCAGUUCUUUGCCAUAAAGACUGCACAGCAGGCGGAGCCGCUGGUCAUCGAUCUGAAGGAUCUGUUCCAGGUCAUCUUCAACAUCAGGAAGAAAGAGGCAGAGGCUUCACAGAAGGGAGAAAAUGGCAGCGCUGUAGUUGAGAAUGGAAGUGACGCCUUGCUGAGAAUGGAUGAAGUCAAACCGGCCCAACCGGUGGAGCAGCUUAACCUCUUUGGAGACAUGUCGACCCCUCCAGACAUCCGGGCUCCCAAUGACUCUAAUGAUAUUCUCUUGCUGGAUUUUUCCGCUGAAGUUGACAGCAAUCAGAAUUGCAUAAAGGGAAACUCCUUUGUCACUUCCUGCGCCCCUGACCUCGACCUCGGGCCGUCUCCCUACACAGUGAAUCCCUUUUCCUCGACUUUUGGCUACUUUCCAACGCCAGACACUGACCCUUUCAGAGACGACCCCCUUUCCAAAGCGCCUUCACUGUCGGCGCCCGAUAAUUCAGAAUUCUCCCGCCUCGCCGCCUCUAAUUUCCUUAACAACAACAAUGCUGGCAACACUUACAAGACAUUUAUUAACGGCGGCUUGAACGGAGAUGCCGAACACCUCAGUCGGCAGAUAAACGGCUUAUCCAGUAAGAACGUCAUCCUCGCUCUCAAUAACGGACAGUGGCCACUAGGGGGCCAAAUAUCUCAGGCCAGCACGAUAACCAUGAUGGACGGGAAUGACACUGCUCCAGUUCUCUCGACCAAAAACCCAUUUUUUGACUCCUCUUUGCAAACGUCCCCUGUCUCUAAUGGCAUAACUCUUCAUCCACUGCCCCAAGUGACUCAUAGCAAGGACUCUGUAGUCAUAAGCCCGCCCCCGCAGAGCUCUAAGGCUGGACGAGGUCGAAGAAGUGCAAAGUCCACAGCGAGCGACCUGUUUGGAGCAGAGCUGUUUGCUGCUCCGAGUCAACCUGAAGGCUCGCCUGCUUCCAGCGACCUUUUCAACAGCACGCCAGCCGGUUCCACUCCAUCCUCCAUCGCCGCUCUGGGAAAUCUUCAGCUCGGUCCUCCAGCUACGACUAUCCCUGCUGCAGGCAUGUGGGGAGCCACCCCAAAUGCACCCUCCAUGUUCCCCAUGCCAGGAAUGACAGCUCCAGGCCCUAGACCCGCCUACCCGCAGCCGUCUGCCUUUGGAGGUCUACCCAUUCCUCCCACAGCCUGGGGCCAGCCCAUGCACACUCAGUAUUCCGCACCUUUGUCUCCACCCCACAUCUUCCCACCGACCUCCCCGCCCGGUUGGGGUCAACCUGCCAUGACCAACCCUUUCCAGCCUGGCGCAUAUCCCGGUAUGGGCGACCAGCACGGUCCGUCGCGCCCACCUCCGAGACCGCCUGCGAAGGACGCCCCUCCAAAGGUGGAGAACAGUGCCUUCACAUCUUUGGACCCGCUCGGCGACAGAGAGAAGAAGACCGGAAAGGACAUGUUCAAGGACUUCCAGAUUGCCAAGCCUCCCGCCAUCCCAGCGCGGAAAGGGGAGCUGGGUUCCAUCUCAGCUGGCGGCAACGAGGCCGGGGCGUUCGAUCAGUACUUCUCCAGUAAAGUGGGGCUGCCUCAGGAUUCUGCAGAUCAUGACGACUUUGAUAUCAAUCAAAUACCAGCUGUUAAUGAUGCUCCCAAAGCAGCCCCAGCUCCGAGUUUCAACUCCGGCUUUGAAGCCGCCUUCUCUUCUGCUCCCGUCGCAAACAAUUCAGCUCCAGCCCAGGGAAAAGGACUCAAUCAGGACAUGUUUGAUCAAGCAUUCGGGGCCCCUGAUUCCGGUCCUUUUGGAGGCCACCUGUAGCUAUGCAGCCUGCCGCUCUGACCUCUGGUUCGACAGCAGAUUUUGGGGAUCCUUUUGGAAAUCCCUUUGCUUGACCACAACUUUGUACUCAAUUGAAAUGGCAUUAUUGGAGGGAAAGGAGUUCUUCACAUGAAACAACAUCUUCAGGACAAAUAGCUACAAUGUGUGCAAGACGAUCCGAAUGAUGAACUCCUCUAAAUCUCAUCCCUGACCUGCCCUGCCCUGCCCGUCCUCUACACCUUCACCUCAAAUGUUUUUUUUUUUCUCCUGUCCAAUCAGUAGUUCUCUUAUUUCCAAAGACCACCGAUCGAGGAACUAAAUGUAAAUGUCAUGAUCUGCUGAAGAAAGAAAUGUGGUGUAUUAGAGAAGGGGUGUCCAAAGAGGUUCACUGCUGAUGCUGUCUGUGUUAUGAAAUAAAAGAAAUUAAAUCAUAA